ACACACAGACACACUCAGCUUAAGCUAGAGAUCCAGAGAGCGAGAGAGAUGGCUACUGGCGCUUCCUUCCCGGUGAUCAACAUGGAGAAGCUGGAGACCGAGGAGAGGGGUGCGGCCAUGGAGAUCAUCCGCGAUGCCUGCGAGAACUGGGGCUUCUUCGAGAUGUUGAACCAUGGCAUCUCGCACGAGCUGAUGGACGAGGUGGAGCGGGUGACCAAGGCGCACUACGCCAACUGCCGGGAGGAGAAGUUCAAGGAGUUCGCGCGGCGGACGCUGGAGGCCGGCGAGAAGGGCGCCGACGUGAAGGACGUCGACUGGGAGAGCACCUUCUUCGUCCGCCACCUCCCCGUCUCCAACCUCGUCGACCUCCCCGACGUCGACGACCACUACAGGCAAGUGAUGAAGGAGUUUGCGUCGGAGAUAGAGAAGCUGUCGGAGAGGGUGCUGGACCUGCUGUGUGAGAACCUGGGCCUGGAGAAGGGGUACCUGAAGAAGGCCUUCGCCGGGUCGAACGGCCCAACGUUCGGCACCAAGGUGAGCAGCUACCCGCCGUGCCCGCGUCCGGACCUCGUCGACGGCCUCCGCGCCCACACCGACGCCGGCGGCAUCAUCCUGCUGUUCCAGGACGACCAGGUGAGCGGCCUCCAGCUGCUCAAGGACGGGGGGUGGGUGGACGUGCCGCCCAUGCGCCACGCCAUCGUCGCCAACAUCGGCGACCAGCUCGAGGUGAUCACCAACGGCAGGUACAAGAGCGUCAUGCACCGCGUCCUCACGCGCCCCGACGGCAACCGCAUGUCCAUCGCCUCCUUCUACAACCCCGGCGCCGACGCCGUCAUCUUCCCGGCGCCCGCGCUCGUCGCCGGCGCCGAGGAGGAGCGCGCCGACGCGGCGUCCUACCCGAGGUUCGUGUUCGAGGACUACAUGAACCUGUACGUGCGCCACAAGUUCGAGGCCAAGGAGCCCCGCUUCGAGGCCAUGAAGUCCUCCGCUGAGGUCGUCCACGCGGCGCCCAUCGCCACAGCUUGAGAGUGAUCGGACGUAUGUCCUAGCCGCACGUGCCAUGAUCCAGACAUACGGGUUAAGUACGGUAGUGUACUUGAUGGUGUCCACGCCGGUGCGUGUUUGCCUGUUUAAUGUUUGUACGUGCUAGAAGACUACUAGUUUGUGUACGGAAUCUGGGUGUAAGUAUCGUGUCAAGUACUCAAGUGUGUGUAAUGUUGACGUAAGAAAGGUGUGUAAUGAGCCCUGUACUCGUAUUUUCUGUGCUUCAGCGGGUACCAAGUUAUAUGGGCCUUGUGCUA